CAAAAAGUCCUUGAAAUCGCUAAAUGAGCGGUAAUUUCUGGCGCUCCCGUUGUAGCGGGUUGGAUUGUCUGGUUUUAGUCCGGGUUUUAAGAUCAUUUGAGUCUGAGGCUUUUGUUAUUACAGAUUAUUGUCGAUUGCUUCACUUGUUAAGUGUAAGUUCACCCUGUGCUCUUGCUAGGUUGUCGACUUAUCUUAUUAGUUUAUCUCUUUCCCAGCCCUCUAACGCUACUCUUAUUUACUUAUUUACUUAAACACAUAAACAUUAGUACAAGAAGGCACCAAAUAUAUAUGCGUCACAUAGACCAUUGAAUUUGUGUGAGGGCCAGGGCACUAUCCAGUGCACGCUACUCUGCGUGCAACAGCAGUAAAUAAAAUGUUGUAAGCUACUCUAUUGGCUUAGUUAGUGUCCAUUUUUGCAAGUUUAUAUUAUGCCAACCCACGUUUACCUUAUUAUUUUCCAAAUUCUCAAGUCGCCUAGAUAAGCCGUAGUAAGUCAGUUUUGUACCUAAAAUCUGGCGUAAGUCAGUAAUUGCUACUGUCAUUAUAUAUAGUUCUACUCGACGACGAAGGACGAAUUUAUUUGCUUUACACAGUGCUAUCACCUAUUGUUCGACUUAUCUGGGUACUCAGAUCGUCAUAUUGGUCGAAUGUGGAUCUAUUUGUUGCAACUAACUGAUCAAUUCUUAUUCGAUACUAACUUCACUAUUUCGUUACUUUUGCAAUUGUCACUUGCGUCAUGUAUCCAGUACCUUAUCUCAUAAUCAAUAGUCCCUAAAGAAAUACCGUACUGGAUUAAUUAAAUUUUUGUAUUUUAAAUACGGAGAGUGAUAUCUUAAGUGUGAUUGUAUGAUUAAGGUAGAGAGCAUUUCCAUUAAAUAGUCACAAAAAGCCCUCUUUUCUGCUUGUGAGCUUAUUGACGACCCUUUUUAUCAUUUUCUUCCUAGCUGGUACUGAUGUCACACUCCUCUGAAGCAGAGUAUUACAAGUCAUUUGCAUUCCAAUGUUAUUAGAAUAACACUAGGGUAGAGACUUUAAUUACAGUUAAAACAGAUUUGUGAGAAAAACGUUUUUCAAGUUUUCACACUCUAGCUCGAACGCGAUCAAUAAUGAGUUUACUGUCAACUGGACAACAUUAAUACAUCUCAUAAAGCAUAAGUUGUUCCCCCAACAACAGGUUGAAUGCCUCGGGGUGUUCAGGUACAGAGCACAUUCGCCUAGGUGGUUAGCUGAGAUUCAUUGACCGUAAACUCAAUUAAAAAGAGCAUUUGAAGCUUUGUGGAGAUACCAAAUCAUUUGUGGGAAGACUCAACUAAUAACACUCAUCAUCGAUUCAGUGCUUGAUAUCCGUUGUCAACAAAUGAUUCGUGGAUCUAAAUCAUAAUCCAUUGAGCCGUGGAUAUAAAAUCAGUCAGUCAGCUGCAACGUAGGACCAGGCAUACAUGCGUACUGGUCCAAGUUGCCACACAUCAUUACUACAACAAGAUGAACACCGGAUUCAUAGGCGUAGUUACUUCAGUAGCAGUUAUAUUAUAAAAGAAAGAUUGUGCAUAAGGAUAUAGUGCAGGAAGAGAUAGUUAGUUCGUAGAAAAAAAUAUAUGAAGCGAUUUUAAUCUCGCGGUUUAAGGGAGAACAAAGAGAGUAUACACUGACGUCAUUGUGAUCGAUUCUGAGCCAUGUCACAUAAAGUCUCCAACCAUUGGUUACGAUAGUCACGCAGACCUCAACCAAGUAGUCUGCAUCUACCAACAUGGCUCAUAUCAGAGGUUAGUGACUUUAUGGACUGAUGCCACGUUUUUGUUUGGCCGCCCCUAACAUUCUUCCACUCGUUUUCAACACUAGUCAGCAUUGCACGUCGUGGUAAUUGGUGUUCAGGCAUACGCAACACAGUCGAUGAAGUUUUACAACCUUAUCAACUGAUUUACCAUCAUUCCCUAAUACCCUGCGUCUAACCUCACUAUUACUUACCCGGUGAUCCCACCAGAUGCGAGCACUAUUUCUAAGACAUCUGUGAUCGAGUAUCUUCUAGUCUUAAAGACCACGUUUUGCAGCCAAAAAGUAGAACAGAGCAAACUGCCGCACUGUAUACUCGUCCCUUAAUUGAUAGACGAGUAUCUCGCCUUCGCCAUAGGUGAGACAAGUUGGCAAAAGCCAAACGAGCUUUUUGAAUCCGUGCAGAGAUUUCGUCAAACACCAACCCAAUAGGGCUGAUGAGACUUCCGAGGUGGUGAAGUUGUCGACGUGUCCGACUACUUCACUCUCUAUCCUUAGUUCAGUUGUUGACGCAGGCCAGUCCUGAAGCAACAACUUGGAUUUAGAGGGGUGAGAAGCGCAUCCCAAAAAUCCUGGUGUUGUUGCUCAGUGUUACCAAAUGACUGCAUUUUAUCAGCGUCUUCACCAAACAGAACUACGUCAUCUGGAUAUUCGAAGUCGAUAAGCUUAUCUCUUUGUAGGAUACCGAUUCCUGGAAAUUCAGUCGACGAGAACGUUAUCUUCAGCAGUAAAUCUGUGAUGAGGUUGAACAAAACAUAAAAUAGUAUUUUAUUGUUCAGUGUGUUAUUAACUCUCAUUGGGCAAACUUCUGGGUGGUUUAGGUGGACCUCAUUAAAACAUGCUGUGAUAAAAACAAUAGACGAACUUCAGCUCUUAAUUUAUUUCUGUAUGUUGUUAUCAACUGUUUAGGACGAAAUGUGUUUGAGUACGACAGGUUUUUCUCACGACUAAAAACUUAGCAAGUUCCAAAAGUAUGAGCUCACAUUCAAAGGUUUUAAACUAAAUAAAGCCCAGCACUAUCCUAGAAUCUUUUAAUUUAAAGAUAUCUCGUAUUUGUGACAACUGUUAUGACUUAAUCGAAUCCACAAUUUCUCUUAGUUCCUGGAAUUCAUUUCCUAAAUUAAGGGUUCUAAUUGAAAGCCUUACUAAAUGUAAUUCUAUCAUCAUAGUCGUUUAUCUUCAUUAUCAUGGGUUACACUUGUGAUUCACAACUCAUUAUUCUAACACCGUAAUGAUUUAAAUAUGUCCAUUAUUGUGUUCAUUGUGUUAAAUAUCACAGUUCAUCCUGUUUUAAAUGUGACUUCUAAUUCACAUGGGUGAGGAUAGCAGUUAGUUUAAUCGAGAUAUACUAGACCUAUGAUGCUUGAGAGUUAGGCAAUAAAAAAUCAUGGAGUUUUCAUCUGUCUAUUACAGUUUUUGUGUCUUUUACCUUUCAGAUUACCCAUUUCUGUUUAAAAUGUCUCUUCUAAAUAUCUGCUAAUAAUCUAACACCAACACGAGCGUGCUCUCGCACUGCUAGUUUUCAAAUGUUUUGUGAAUGAAUUAACCCCUUCUUUAACCUAAUAAUCAAUAAGCUAAUUACCUCGCAUCCUAAUGUGCUCCGGCAAAGCCUCAGAAUUAAAAAAUACGAGGCAGUUACUUGAUUACUUGAAGGAACUAUUUCUGGAUCGCAUGAAACUCUUAGCCACUCCUGGCUUAUACAUUCAUAUUGAAAAACUUUUGGGGGAAGAAAUACUGCGUGUUCAGAGCGAAUUGUUUUCAACAUCCGGUAUCUGUCCAAUAAAAGAAAGGGAAUUGCCAAAACCCGAUGGCCCUAAGGUUAAUCUACAAGCUAAAAUAUAUAUGCCGAUGGACUCUACCAACAAUUACAACUUUGUUGGACGAAUUCUUGGUCCUCACGGAUCCACUGCUAAAUGUUUACAACAAUUUUUAGGAGUAAGAAUUAUGAUUCGUGGUCGUGGAUCUAUGCGAGAUCAAACAAAAGUUGGAGCAAAUUUUGUUCGGCCAAACUCGGAGCAUCAUUUAAAUGACAAUUUGCAUGUUCUAAUUACUGUUGAAGAUUACGAAAAUCGUGCUAAAGUUAGACUUGAAAAAGCCAGCGAAUAUAUUAGUAUGUUUCUACAGGAAAGUGUAAAAGUAGAAAGUUUUUUCAGCUUCCGGUUACAAUGAUGAAGGAUGUAAUCUGUUGUGCAAUUCGAUGAUUUUUUGGCGGAGUUUUGUUUUCUGAACUGGAUGGUUUAAUCAUGAAGCCUUCAUUGUUCUUCUGAGCAACAUUAUCAGUAUAAAGUUCAGGUAGAAGUGAACUACUUUAAUUGGCAGCUUGUGCUGUUGACUUUGGUUUUGAUUGGUUAUUACUGAUCUGAUGCUUCUGCUGAUGUUCUUUGGAAGAACAAUAAAAGCGUGGUGAUGAAAGAACUAACUGUGAGAACUAAACUUCCAUCAAAGUCAUCCAGUGAAAUACAGAUCUUCACCAUCUGAAUUUGACAAGUGAACUGGUGAUGUACUCUUAACACAUCAACUUCUCUGAGUAAUUCAUUUACUGAAGAAUCUUUCAUUUUACCUUUUUUACCUUGUACUUGCUGGAUGAAUAAAAUCUGAACUGUUCAAGAGUGGUUCACAUGUUAUGAUGUACAGUUAGGCCACUAAGUUCUAGGUUCGAGUCGCGCCGAAUAUAUUUCUGCUUGGGCAACGUUUUAGUAACACUAACUUCUGAACUUGAAGUGUGGGUCAAUGCCAAGUAAUGAUACACCCGAUAUAAUUGACUAUAAAUAGCAUGAUAAUUCAUCAUGUUAUAUAUGAACGCACAUUUCAAUAAAUUUUACUAGUUGUGUUAGUAAAGGGUUGUUGAGAAUGUCGAAUUCGAUUAAAAAUCACUAGCCACCAUUAAAAACCUGGAAACACUGGACGACCGUUUCGUCCUAACAUGGACUCCUCCACAAUGCGCAUCCGCGACCACGCACAUGGGACUUUCAGUCGCACAGACGAACACUUAAUCUCUAGACAAUUGGGUCGGUAUCCAUUAGUGUUAAUUUAUAAUUCUAACAACCUACGAUAUUUCAUGACCAUCUUCCAUUGUGUUCGGUGCUUAUCUACCUCACACCUGACACAGUUGAAAUCCACUGAUCGCGACUUCUCACUGGAACUCUAGAAAUUUCCUCUCAAAACUAGUCACUGGGCCAAAGGUCGUCAUUGUAAACUUUUUAUUCUUCUGUUUGUACUGUCAUGUUUUCUCGUUGUUGUUUUUUUCAAUUAAAUAGUAUUUAUACUUUAUUCUGUCUAUUCAGUUAAACGGUUUUCUAAACUUUUGUACGUGAGAAAAGCCUGAUAGAAUUACUUUGCUGAGUUUAUAUUCGAGUAGUUUUUUUCUUUCAAAUAUUCAACUUAACGAAAAAGUUCCAUUUUUCAAGUAGUGUGUAUCAGUAUUCUUUUUAUUAAUAUGUGUAACUAAAUGACCGUCAUGUGAUUGGUUUUAUCAUUAUCAUCUUAAGACUGUCUAUAUUUUCUGAUUUGGUAUAGUGUGUUCUAAUAAUUUUUCGAAAGAAACAAACAUUGGAAAGCAGCUCGAAUAAACUAUUCAGUUCAGAAAGUCUAGCAUCGUUAACUUCGUCCUGCUGAGCAGUUGUAGCAUCUUCAUUAUUUUAUACAUUCACACCAAUUGUUAUUAACCGAUGUGAUAAUCUUUAUAGGUUUUAUAUAGUUUAACUGAAUCUUUCUUCAUUUUAUACAUUAAAAUUGGACAGUAGAGACUUAGCUUACUGGAUGAUAAGUGAUAAUACAUGAUUAAUAUAUAUAUAUGAAUGUGGACCUUUUUCAUUCAUUUAAAAAACUAUCCAUGUGGAAUAAUUGAUUGUUUUUGUAAAUGGAUAUUCGGUCUUGUUUUGGUUUGACCACUCCUCUAGGUUUCUUAUUAAUUUAAUUUAAUAGCCUAAUGAUGGGUAAAUUAUGCACAUUUAGCUAAAAAAAUUCUUUACCUCAGACAAAGGUUAACUGUUUAGCAAUAAUACCCCUAUUAAAAAGUUUUUAUUAAUAACUUUUUAGGCCUAUUUAAAAAAAUAUUUCUAAAUAUAGAAAGUUAUUAGUUGAGGUUUUAUGUUUCCUUGUGCGGUUACUUGUGUCUACUUAACUAACUCAUUGUCGUGUUACUGUUUUAAUUGUGUGGUUGAUUGAACUUUCAUCCCACCGUCGUGUGAUAUAUAUAUCCCAAGUUGUUUACAUUGAUAUUCGACCUUUAUCAGAGAGAUCUUCCUAUUGUAAUUGGUCGGUGAUGUGAUGGGAUUAACAAGUGAAUUGUUUUUUAGAGAGCCAAUGAAUCUUCAUUGCACCAGCCUUUCGUGUUCCUGUUUAUGUCGUUGGAAUUACCGUGGUUCUUGUUUCGAAUUGUGAGCAGUAGGAUCAAGGAAUUAGAGUGGUUUCCAACUGUCGAGUAUAAGCAAUAUGACUGCGGAUCCAACAUAGUCUGUACGCCAGAUAAAAUAUUUGGUUAAAGUUGUAGGCAUCAUUCAGUGUGACUAAUUAGAGCUUUUCAUUAACGUGUGUUAUAAUUGCGUCAUUGAGAAAAAAAAAAUUUGUUUUAAGGUAACCUCUAAACAUUGUAAUUUAGUGCUGUCUAUUUAUUAAGAUAAAAUUCGUACUGCGGUGGUUUUAAUUUAACCUUCACAUCUAUUCCAAUAUUAAUUAAUAAAAAUUCAUAGUUUAAAUCACGAACUAUUUUAAGCUAGUGUACAUGUCGGGUGUAAAAUAGUUGUACAUUAUUGGAUGUUGGCUCAGUAGUCUAAAGGUUAAGGGUUGCGCACGAAACAAAUGGUCCUAAGUCCGAUUCUCAGACCCAGGAUCGUGGGUGCGCACUCGUCAGGAUUUCCAUACUAAGUCGAAACGGCCGUCGGGUGCUGUUUCCAAAUAAAGGUUUGUAACUUUUCGUUGGUGAUAUCCACAACUGAGAUUGAUUAUCAGUCUCAGUAGAUAUAUGUGUGCACCUUGAGCGGAUUACCUAUAUAUUAUUUGAUCUCACAAGUUUUAGUUAACUUUGUGUUUAAAUAUCAAUGAAAUGCAAGUUUCGCGUGUCGUCGUAUUUGAGAGUCAUCAACUGAAGGUGCCUAGAUCUCGGUGUUGGUGUUGAGACUGAUCAUUUACAGUCCUGAGUAUCAACAAAAGGAAACUACAAACGCUUACUGAUAUCUCCACACCCUUUGAGCACUUUAGAAGCUGUCCUUGGAUCCAGUAGCUUAGUGAAUAACACGUGUAUUUGAAAGAAAAUGUGGCGAGUUCGAGCUUCAAUACCAACGUUAGAAUGCGGGUCCAUAAGUCUAAUGAGUCCAAAAUGGGAUGGAACGAGUAUCAGGAAUUCCACUGCUAAGUACAUACCAAGUAUACUAAAAGUAUUUUAUACUUUUCGAUAAACAAAGUAUUUGGAACCGACGCAAAAAGAAUCAUACAAAACUUCAGUAAAUCGUUUUUUGGUUGAUAUAGAAUUCUAGAAUUUAAUGACUAGUUGGUAUUAUGACCUCAUGAUUUUAACUGUUGUAACAAAUUUGACAGUUUACGGAAAAUAAUUAAAAGUAUUGUUUUUGCUUACGUAACUCUUCAUCUGUUGUGUUAUGCUCUUGGUAAUACUGACAAUUUUUCUGUAUUGUACACGGUUUUAUCUGCUUUUUUUCUUUCUACUGAAUCUCGUUCCACAGCUUGGCCAAUAAAUUUCACCAAAUUAUCGAAAUUUAAUUUCCAAUCAAAAAGAAAUACACUUUUUGAUAAAUCAAUCACUAUAGGUCAUACCAGUGGAUACAUAUCUGGACCGUAUACAUCACCAGCUUUACAACAUGGUCAACAUUUUCUACCUUUUCCAAAUCCACACCUUCAAGAUCAUCCUCAAGAAAGUCAUCAACAACGGCAACAACAACAGUCUGUUGAUAUUCCUACUGGUCAGUCACGUUAUGAUCCCGGUGGAUUUUCACAAUAUCAUUAUCAAAAUAAUUUUGUAUUUCCAUCGCCCGGUUCAUGUGAUCUUGAUGCUACAAUGUAUUUACAUAAUGACUCUGGUCGACGUGGUUUUACAGGAUAUUUCGGAUCGAAUUGUCAACAUAUACAAAAGCAAACACUAUCGACCACACCAAGUAUACCUAUGGCACCCUUAGCCGUCAGUUAUUGGUCAUGCACAUAUCCUAGUUUACCAUCUCCAGAUUAUCCUUUUCAACACUCAGAAAUGAAUCGUAACCCUACUACUGUCAACACAAACAGUCGACAACCAUGUCAUAUUCAUGAACAUUGUCCUUCGGACAAUGUAAUAUCUCAUAGUUUUAUAAAUAGUUUACCACAAUCAAAUUAUACAACACCGUUGAUGAUUCAUUCACCGCGACAACAAUGUCCUCAGAGUAAUCAAUAUUUACCAUUCCAUGGAAAACAACUUGUUACAUCGAAUAAGUUGACAAGUCAAGUGCGUAUUAACUGUGUUAGUAACUCUCAUAACACUAAUCAAACGCGUCGCCGUCAUCAUCAUCAAAAUGGUAGCACUUAUAGUGGUGGGUCGGUUGAAGAGUUUCAUAAAAGGUUACAAAAGCAUUCAUCAGGCGAUGAAAGUGUUCUUCACCAUCAUAAAUCAGAAGAAUUUAUUCACAAUAGUGUAAUUAUUGAUGGUAACAAAAAUAAUAUUAAUGAUAAUAAUAAUAAUAAUGAUAGUAAUAAUAAUCAUUCACUUUCUAUCGGUGCGUUAAAACGAAACCCUACCAAUGGAAUAAAGAAAUUUCAUUCUGAUAAGUGUAAAACUAUAAUUACUACUAGUAGUAGUAGUAACACUCACAAUACUACUGCUUCUACUAAUCAUAUAGGUCAUCAUCAACAGCGAUUCAAUGGUCAAGCAAGUACCAAUGAAAAUGUUGUCAUUACCUCUCGUAGCAGUCAUAAUUCGAUUCAUGCUCUUAACCCUACUGAUAUUGCUAAAGUAAAUAAUGAUAAUAAUAUCCGUAAAAGUACUAAGAAUUGUUUAAAUGAACAGGAACAACAGUACCAACACGAGUAUUAUGAUGGUUAUACAACUGGGAUGGAAAAAGUUAACAGUAUGCCUCGUAAUGAGUAUAAAAAGAACAGUUUCAAGUCUAGGACUAAUCAUACUAAUACCACUACCAAUACUAAUACUUGUAUUAGUCAUAAUAAUGCUAUCAUUACAUCAACUAUUAACUCUGUUACAAGUAGAAUUAAAACAAUCAAUCAAGAUAAAAAGUAUUUUAUUAAAAAUACUGAGGUUAAUAUAAUAAAAAGUACUCCGUCUAACAGAAAAUUAUCUGAUUCAAGCUUAAAACCUAUUGGAUUAGUUACAGAUGAAACAGAGUGGCCAAGACUUGGGACUAGUGUGAAUUCACUUCAAAUUUCUGUAUUUGAAAAGUCUCCUUGUCUCAACCAAACUACUCAUUAAAGUUAUUCUCAUUGAAAUCACGAACCGAUCAAUGUUAGACCACUAUCGAAAACCUGGAAACUGUGGACGACCGUUUUGUCCUUGUAUGGGACUCUUCAAAGUUGCGCAUCCAUGACCACGUACACAGGAACUAUAGCCUGGACUUUGGGGCGAACGCUUAGUCUCUGGACCAUUGAGCUGGCAUCCAACAAUGUUGAUGUGUAGCUUCGGUCGCAGCUGACACAUUUGAAAUUCACUGAUCAUGGCUUCACAUCAUAACUCCAACAACUUGCUCUUGAAGCUAUUUACUUGUGAGCACAUGAUGAAUGUAAGUGGGAAACGGCCGUUCAGUUUUUCCAUGUUUUCACUGGUGGCCUAGCAUUGAUCUGUUCAUUAUUUCUAUGUAACUCCAUUAUCCCAUACUUACAGUUUCUUGUGUAUAAAGAUAACACACUGAAGACAGGUAUAAACAUGUCCAAUUUAUGAUUUAGCAUGUAAAUAAUAUACAUGUAGAUAUGUAUUUGCAUGAAUCAACUGUGUAUAAGUGUGACAAUUUCCAAUGAUAUUCCGUCACGUUAUCAAUCAGAUUUUGAUAUUAUCUUUAUCUUUUAACGAUAGAUAGUGAUAACAACCGUUUUAUCCGAUAAUCCAUUUCUCAACACACUUUUUUUCUUAACAUCUGACCACAAUUCCCAUAGACAUCAACUGUCAAUAAUUCUCAACGGUCGUCAUCUAAAUUAAAUGUUGUUUUGAAUGAUGAUGUUGGUGAUAAUAAUAAUGAUGAUAAUAAUGCUCAAUCGAUAACAUUAUCACAUAAUUCCAAGUCUAAUUCACUUGAUAUUGAUGAUAAUAAUAAAGUUGAGAUAAAUCAUCAAUCAUCAUUGUCAACAUUCAAAUCGACCGGGUGAAAAAUGUUCCCGUAUAAUUAAUGUUGAAAUAAGGUUGAAUCUCCAUGAAAUUCAUUGAGAAAACCCAUUUUUUUUAAAAUAUUGUAAAACAGCUUGUUUUCUUAUUCAUUGUUCAAUUUGUUUUAUUUUGUUUGUUGAAAUUAGGGAUUUUUAUUCUUUUUAAAAAAAAUAUUUUUCAUGAUUCGUUGUUUAUUCCAUUAUUUUGUUGAUUUCUAUGUUUGCUGCUUUUUACCUUCAUUUCGUUUUCUUUUAUCUUUUAGUGUUUUCCUUAAUGGUUAACCCUUUUUCUUGUUGUUGAUUAAAACUGUUAUGAAGAAGGAAAUAACACUGUUUUGUUCUUGUAAAUUAUAGUAGAUUAUGUUUUGAAUUGAAUAUUGUCAGUUAGUCAUUGUGAUUUGGAAUGUUAGGGUCUGGUACAAACUUGCGUUAGCUCAAGUUCACAGACUAUAUUAAUAUAAGAUAUAAACAGAAAAAAAUGAAUAGCGAUGGAGUCACAAUGAAAUAAUAGCAAUAAUAAUGAGAAGUAUUGAAUAUUGAGAAUAUUGUUUGAGAUGUGAUAGAGGGAAAGGGAAUAUAUGAGGGGUUAUUCGCAUUCAAGACCUACUCUAUUUUGACCGAUCCUGCUCUUUAUCGUUCAUGAUCUCUUACCUCUGAUAGCUAUUAUUGCAUUGAUUCUUAUCAAAUAGUCUUUAUAUACCAACAUUACUUAGGACAGUUAAUAGCUACUUGGUAGACUGAUAUCACAUCUACGUCUGGUUAUCCGUAUCCUUCUUCAAAAUUCUAUAUUAGCUAACAUCAUCUGAUGAGCUAGUUAGGCGGCUGUCGAACAUACGUGACGCAUCUCUCAACCAUCUCACUUGACAAUGAUUCAUAACAUGAACGAGUUUUUUAUAUGAAUUUUAUAAUGAAUAAGGAUUGACAUGUAUGUUUGUUGGUGUUGGAUUGUUCCUGAGCCGUGAAAAGAACUACUUAUUAGACGGUUAUUUAUGUAGAAUCUGAGUUUUUGUUUUAUUAAAUUAUAGUUUUCAUUAUUAUUUUUUGCAUAAGUACAUUCACAGUUUGAAAUAAUAAACUCACAAGAAAACGUUAGGAGCUCGGUCCACUUGUUACUCAGAGUCGAACUACACCAUGAAACAAGAAUUACUAAGAAAAUUUAGCUAUUCCAACCUGUGUGUUCAGUUGAAACCAACCACAUCCAUAUGACCGUAAUCCGUCAAUUAAAUUUGCGAAAUUCUUAUAAAGCUAACUGAUUGGAAUUUCAAUGUUUAACAAUUGUGAGAGCAAUUAUCAAUAAAAUUUUAAUCUGAGUUUUAUAUAUUUCUAUUAGAGCUUGUUAGUCAGAUGUGUAUUACAAGAAGUAUUCAUAUCGGUAGUAUUUCAUAAUAACUGUUAUCUAACCCUGGAUAAUAAGAUUAGUUUAUUCAUAAAUAAAUCACAUAUAUACCAAUUAUUCAAAAACAAAGAUUAUUUG